AUCAGCAGCAGUGGGGCUGCAUUCCUUUUACCUGCAGAUGGGACAUUGCAUGGCCUCUCCCAGCCCUGCCCUGCUUUGCAUCUCUGUGUGUUUCCAGGAAGGCUGUGUGGAGCAGUGUGUUGCAGUGCAGGUGAACAAUGAGCACUGCUCCCCUAGUUGAAGAUGUUAUCUAGCAGGACACUGUCCAGCUGCUCAGAUAAGAGCUGCCUUUGCUAAAUCCUUGCUUCUUUUCCCAAUCCCCUGCUUUGUUUAGUAGCAGAGCCACAACUGCUGCCCUCUGGCUCCAGCACUCAAUGCCAAGCAGUGCUGUGCCAACCAGCUUUUGUCUGAAGAUGUUGAGGCACGUCAGGUUGGUAUUUCUUGGCAAUCAAAUGUCGCCUCCUUUCAUCUGCAAAAUACCCAGGCCAAGAAGUCCUGAAUGUUAUUGAGCUGUCUCAGCACAAAGCACGUUAGUGUGGAACGUUGAGUACCCUACUGCCUUGCAAAGAGCUUUUUACAAAGGAGAAAGGAACUUGUGCAGGAAUGAAGGGUGUCCAAACCAAAAACCACCUUAACCCUCCAAGUAAUGCCAGGGCAUCCUCAAAUAGUGCUUGGGAAAGCGGGUCCACCAGUCUGCACCUACUGGGAUGGGAUAUCAUACUGGGAUGGGAUAUACUGCAUGGGAUAUCGUAGCAAUAACAAUAGAUCCCAUACACCAGCACUGAGAAUGGUGCAAUAUCAGCACUGCGUCUCUGUACAGUGCUCUGCAAUCCACCUCCUAACGCAGUACUGCUCCAUUUUGCAGUCAUGGGCAAUGCUAAGUGGUGUGAUUGUCCGAAUUUGUCAGUAUUGUAGUUCAUCCUUUGUGACCCUGAUGCAACCAUGGAAACAGAACUAUCAGAGUGAGCCUGCGCUAUGCUGACAGCCCAUGCCUGAUGCCUGUGAUCUCGUUAUCCAGUUGGUCGUUGUGGGUCAGACAAAUCGAGUAGGGAAUCAAAAUCAAUUCUGCACAUGAAGUGCAUGUUGCUGAUGAGUAGGAAUGAAAAGGCCUUGGGAGGAUGUUUCCCUGAUCAAAGGAACUUCAGGGAGUUUGACCUAAGAAUACCCAAUUUAGUAGUUAGAUAAAGGAUAAGGUUAUUUUACAGCAAAACGAACUAUGGUAAAAGUGAAUGGUGUGACAUCUUGACCUGAAAGAAAGCAGUGCUCUGUCCUGGCACUGCUAAAUGCUGAGUAUUGGUGUGACAGCCCAUGUAAAGAGUUAUAGCUGCAAAGUACCUGCACUAAAGCACAGAACAGCACAUCACUACCAUGGAGCUGUCAGGGGAUACUUCUAAUGCUUCCUCUAACACCAAACAGAGCUUCAGCAUCUUUGCAUAGGUUGGGAUCCAUCUGUGGACUGCAUGGAUGGAUGAAGAUCCCUCAGUGGCAGCAGGAUGAUGCCCCAGUGUUGCUAACUGGAGAGCACUGGUGGCACAGCCGGAGCAAUCGAGUGCUUCUCUCACUGCCACCCAGCUGUGAAAUCGGACGUGACCUAUCGACUGAUCCUCAGACCGAAAUGAAAAGGUAUCGAUGGGAUCUUUGGAGCUGCUGUAGAGGAAGCGCAUUCAUCCUAUGCAGGACACUUGUGUUGGUGAUGCACUUUAGCAGGGCACUGAUCAGAGAAACCUAAAGGAGCGUUUAGUGCCAUGUCUCAGCCUCAUGCUGGGCUGCUAUGGACCCAGCCAGCCCUUCCACAUCUCUGCUUAUGCUGGGAAGUUCCAACACAGCAGAUGUGCCUCUGUCCUUUUGGGGGUGCAGCAAAGGUGAAAGGAAACAUAACUGGAAGGAAGCUCAAGCAAUGGAUUUUUCAUUUCUAGCUUUUCUUUAAAUAUGUCCCCCCCGCAUCCCCCUAAAUAUUAAUUUGCUCACAGUUGGACUGUGCUCGGAGCUGCAGCAGACGGACCAACACAUUGAUUUUCUCCUCCCUCCAUCCCCAGCAAAUAUAAAUUCAAGUGUGCAGAGCCUGCACUCCACCAAUUGCUCCGGUGGGGACAUCAACAGUUCAACACACGGAUGGAAGAUGUCAGGGCUUGUCAGUGGACACCAUAGAGCUUAAUGUUACACAUUUUCUGUAAAGAAAGUGUUAAGAUGGCACAAUAACCAUGGGAGACUGGAAUUUCCUUGGAGGCAUUCUGGAGGAGGUUCACAUUCACUCCACUAUUAUUGGCAAGAUUUGGCUAACCAUCCUCUUCGUGUUCCGAAUGCUUGUCCUUGGAGUGGCCACUGAGGACGUCUGGAAUGAUGAACAGUCAGAAUUUAUCUGCAACACAGAGCAACCUGGCUGCAGCAAUAUAUGCUAUGAUGAGGCCUUCCCCAUCUCUCUCAUAAGAUACUGGGUCUUGCAAGUUAUCUUUGUGUCUUCUCCUUCUUUGGUGUAUAUGGGUCAUGCCUUAUACAGACUAAGAGCCUUAGAGAAAGAGAGACAGAAGAAGAAAGUUCAGGUGAGAGUGGAACUUGAAAGCACUGAAUUAGAAAUGACAGAAUACAGGAGAAGGCUGGAGAGGGAACUCCGGCAGCUGGACCAAAGGAAGCUGAACAAAGCACCCCUACGAGGUUCAUUGCUCUGCACUUACGUGAUACAUAUUUUCACCAGGUCUGCAGUGGAAGUUGGUUUCAUGAUUGGGCAGUAUCUGCUUUACGGGUUUCGCCUGGAUCCCCUUUAUAAAUGUCACAGAGAUCCAUGUCCAAAUGUAGUCGACUGCUUUGUAUCACGACCAACUGAAAAGACAGUAUUCAUCCUAUUCAUGCAGUCAAUAGCGACCGUAUCAUUGCUUUUAAAUGUCUUGGAGAUUAUCCACCUUGGAUUCCGUAAGAUUAAAAUAGGUCUGUGUGGGCAGGAGGAAAACAAGGAUGAUCGUGGGAAUUUCUAUACAAACAAAUGCAAGAAAUACUCAGUGAUACCCCGCUCUUCUCUGGGAAUAUCUGCAACUCCUCCAAAAACUCUCCCUUCUGUACUUGGUGGUUAUGCCUUUUUAAUGGAGAAGCAAACAGACACUGCCAUCUACCCAGCCUUAAACUCUGCUCCCAUCUUCCAGCCCAUUCAAAACAACCACGCAGAAAACAGAGGCAAUUACACCCAGCACAACCAGGAAAACAAACUGCCCAAGAAAAGGCCAGCUACGAAUGCUUUAGCUGGUCAGACUCCGAAUGCCAGCACAGAGUGCAGGGAAGGUUUGCUGGGCAGACCUGCGACUGAAAGGAGGAACUCGCAGAAAGAAGCUGAUCAGAAACACCUCCUUGCUGGUACUCAGAAUGCAGAUACAGCUUCGAGAAGCUUUGCUGAGAUGCUGUCGCAGCCUCCCCUGCAGCCUUUUCCUGUUGCCAGCCUCAGAAGACAGCACGGAAUCAUCUCCUCCUGGAACUGCUGCACAGCAGCUGAGAGUGUUGGAUCCUCCACAAACUCCCUUACAAAGAGCAGCAGCAGGAGACGGAGCAGCCUCAGUGCAAGCCAACUGCCCCCCAAAGCUGACACCCGGCACCCCAGCCGCCCCAACACCCCUGAUUCAGCAGGGGAGGCCAGCACUGGCUCCAAGCAGAGCAGGGGCUGUGGCAGCCCCCAACCACUGCCCUUAUCAGGGCGGCUGUCGCUGUCAAGCAGUGCAAGCAGCCGGAGAGCCCCCACCGACCUGCAGAUAUAGCAUGGCUGCCCAAGCACUGUGCUUGGGUAACUGCUGGGCUUUGUGAUAAGAGCAGCCCAGGAGCAGCUUCCUCAUUCAGCUUUAACCAGUUCUUCCGCAGAGGUUAAGAUAGAAGCUCAGCCCUUUGCUUUUAGCUCAGUAACUUCUUGCUUCGCUGGCGAUGGAGGGAUGGCUUCAACCUCUGUGCCAAUCUUCUGCAUUAACCUUCCAGCUAAGGAGAACAUAUACAUCAUAUACACCAUAUACAUAAUAUACACCAUAUACAUAAUAUACACCAUACACAACAUAUACAUCAUAUACACCAUAUA